AUGGAAGAAUUGCUAUCAAUGGGCCAUAUGAAGAAAGUAGAUCAAAGCUGUAAUGUUAAAUACUACUUACCUCAUCAAGCGGUAGUACGAGAAAGUAGCUUAACUACAAAAGUAAGAGUGGUAUUCGAUGCUUCUUCCAAAACUACCAACGGUAAAAGCUUAAACGACAUAUUGCAAGUAGGUCCCAAGCUACAAAAAGAUAUAUUUGACAUCAUUACGAAAUGGAGGUCAUGGAAAUAUGUAAUAUCUUCUGAUGUGGAGAAAAUGUUUCGCCAAAUAAAAAUUGAUACACCUGAUCAAGAAUACCAAUAUGUUUUGUGGAGGAAGAAUCCAAGCAAUCCAAUUGAACAAUACAAAUUAACAACUGUAACGUAUGGUACCAGUUCAGCACCCUUUUUGGCAAUUAGAACAUUAAUUGAAAUUGCCAAUCAUUGUAAAGAUGAAGAGAUUUCUAGCAGAAUAAAAGAAGACUUUUACAUGGACGAUUUACUAACUGGAGCAGAUACAAUCCAAGAUUGUAAGAAGAUACGAGAAGCAAUAUCCAACCACUUAGAUAAAUUUGGGUUUCAUUUGCGUAAAUGGAUAUCCAACAAUGGUCAGAUAAUAAAAACUGACAACUUUGAAAAUAAUGAGGUGCUAAACAUACAAGAAGAUGCAUGUUUGAAAACAUUGGGUUUGCAAUGGAACCCUAAGACGGAUAAUUUUACAUUCGACAUGCAAAUCGAGGAUGAUCUUAAAAUUACGAAACGGAUUGUGUUAUCACGUAUCGCAAGGAUAUUCGAUCCAUUAGGAUGGUUAACACCGAUUACGGUAACGGCAAAAUUGUUUAUACAACAUUUGUGGAAAUUGCAAUCAGACUGGGAUGAACCAUUGGAUAAAGAUCUCAGUAAAACUUGGAAAUCGUUUGUUCAAAACUUGCCAGCGCUGACAAACAUAAAAAUAAAUCGAUGGAUUCAACGAUCAAACGGGACACCAUUACAAUUGCAUGGGUUUGCAGAUGCAUCUGAAAAGGCUUAUGCUGCUGUGGUUUAUGCAAAAGUUGGCUCAACAAUUACAAUAGUAGCCGCAAAAAGCAAAGUAAACCCCAUAAAAAACAAGAAGACUCUGCCUAAAUUGGAAUUGUGUGCAGCGCAUCUGUUAGCGAGAUUAUUGCAUAAAAUCAAGUACAAAAUCAACGCUGGUGCAGACAUUUAUGCAUGGAGUGAUUCUAUGAUCACAUUAUCAUGGAUAAGAAAGCCUAAUAGCAAAGAGAAAUUCAUAAGAACAAGAGUUUCCGAAAUAAAUCAAUGUUUGCCAAAUGUGAAAUGGGGCUAUGUAAAAUCUAAAGAAAAUCCAGCUGAUAUCGGAUCAAGAGGCAUUAAUCCAGAAAAACUUGAAAGCUGUUCCCUUUGGUGGUGUGGUCCGGAAUGGCUCAAAAAAGAUAAAAAUAAUUGGCCAUCAGAAGAGCCUGAUGUCAAGGAAGAUGAAAAGAAUAUUUGCUUACGUGAUUAG